AGAGAGCGAGGCCAGCAACAGAGUCUGGGAACGUGAUGUGUCGGGAAUGGCAGGGAAGGGUGGUCAAUAGCACCAGCUGCAGCCAGGAGGUCAAGGGAAUUAUGGCCUGAGGUAUCUGCCAGGUGCGACAGGGGACCUUGGCAGGAAACGCUUCAUUUGAGAACUGGGGCAGGAACCAGUGGGCCGAGAAGAGAGAGGUGAGAAAACGCACUCACAAAGUGCCAGCAGCUCUUUCUAGAUGAGCUACAUGGCUGUGAAGGGAAGGAGGAGGAGGUGGCUGGCUGAGGGCUACCUGGUGUUGGAGGGGAGGGGUGCGUAUAUGUGUGCUGUUUUAAGAUGUGAAACUGGGGAUGACAUGUCCCGGAAUAGGUCAGCCCAAGGGAGAUGUCAAAGAAGUCAGGUUUCUAGCCCCUCUAUCGCCACCUCCAGUGCCAACCGCCAGCUGAUGAUGCUAGAAGGGAAGUCAGGAUCCUACUUUUCUUCUCUGGACUCAAGCAUCGACAUCCUGAAGAAGAGGGCCCAGGAGCUAAUUGAAAACAUCAACGAGAGCAGACAGAAGGACCACGCACUCAUGACCAACUUCAGGGACAGCCUCAAGAUCAAGGUUUCAGACCUGACAGAGAAGCUCGAGGAGAGGAUGUAUCAGAUUUAUAAUCACCACAACAAGAUCAUUCAGGACAAGCUCCAAGAGUUCACCCAGAAAAUGGCAAAGAUCAGCCAUUUGGAAACAGAGCUCAAACAAGUGUGCCACACCGUGGAGACAGUGUACAAAGACCUGUGCGUCCAGCCUGAGGCUACUACUUCGGAAGAACAGGCCCACAAAGAUGGCGAAUUCUGAGAGCUACUGGGAGCGUCCCCUCUUAGUGACAGCCACCAAGAGAAGGCUGAGGCCACCACUGGCGCCAUGCUGAAAAAUUUUUUUUCACAGUUCUGUAAUGCAUCUUGGCAAAAAUAAA